ACCCAAUGUGACCGACCCAAUUUUGCUCAACAGCUUUCCGCCACCUUCUACCAAUUUUAAUCCGUCAAUGAAAACGCAAAAUCAAAAUCCCUAGCUCUCCACCUCCCAAUCCUCCAAAGAACUCAUCUUUUUUUCCCAAAAAAAAAAUCCGAUCAAUAAACAUCAAAUUAAUCAAUAAUUGGAAAACAAAAGAGAAAAAAAAUGGGGCAAGUAACGGGGGUUAAUGGUAAAAAUAAAAAAGAAGAUGCUAAGAAAAAAGAAGCAAAAGAAGAAGAGGAAGAAGAAGAUGAAGAUGAAGACGAUGAAGAAGAAGAAGAGCCUGAACAAGAUGGCUUAUCUGUGCAUUCUCCUUGCAAACCUCCUCCUCCUUCUGUCCAUCAGGAGAAAUCAGAGGUGGAAUUGGAACUUAAGUUAUUGGAAGCUCUUGAAAUUUAUCCUCCAGCCAAAUUACGAGGAAUGCACCGUCAUUUUGUCCUGUAUGGUUUGACUGAGUAUCUUCGGAGAAGCUUUAAUCGACAUUUUGCUCCGGAUGAUGUUCUGAAGUUACUGGACCGUUUCUACAACUUGGAAAUGCUGAAAUCAGAUGAUGAGGAUGCAGAAAUACUGAAUCACGAGGAAGAUUUUUCUUUGCCUCAAGGAUAUUUUGUAAAGGAAGAUUCUUGACUUAGAAGGUAGUGGUUCAAAUAAUUGCAGAGUCGCGAAGAAGAUUUUUGUUUGCUCCAAAGUUAUCGCAUAGAGAAGGAUCUCGACUGUAUCAACCAAGAAAGUUUUGUUGUACAGAGAUCUUUUGGGCGUGUGGUUUUGCUGGUGUUUGUCUUGUAUAUUGUAAAAUUUCAACAUUCUAAUUCUGAAUUUACUUCUCAUAAGUAAGACACAAUUCAUGCAAUCUGAGUCUGUUAAAAUAGCUCCUUGAUUCUGCC